UAACGGCUAACGGCCAUGUACCUACGCACUGAUCUGUAGUAGCAUGUUCACCUCUUCUGUCGGCUUGCACUUAAAGUUAGCACCAGGUUUUCAACCGCAACUCAAAUUUCGUUUAUCGUUCACAAGUGUGUUUGUUUUUUAAAAUAUGGGUAAAUCUUAAGCAGACUACUAGUGAGGAUAUGGUUAGCUAUUGAAGUCAAGCUGUCUGUAUGAGAAGAUGCUUCUCCGGACGUUGUGGUCCAGACUGGUAGCACAGUGGCCUGUAGAGAGGAAACCAGUCUGCAUCUGUGCCUCGGCCAGUCUCUCCCAGUCUAUCCAUCCACCCAUACACAAGUAUGAACCCAAACCGAGGACUCCCUCGGACUUGCCUGGCCCAGGGAUCUUUUCAAGGACCUGCUUCCUAAACACUCUUCACCAACAGCAGACGCAUAAAGGCCCUGUUUUGGCAGCCUUAGGUAGAUUUAAAAGCUUUAACAGCACCUUGUUCAUUGACCCUGGGAUACUGAGUAAAGGUAGAAGUGGACAGAAUCGUUUUUAUUCAUCAGACCUUGUUAAGUCAAUGUUAAAAUCGAGUUUAAAACCAGUGACUGUGCCUGGAAAAAGAGUUCCCAAAGGACCGAGAACAAAACAACCUUCAAGAGCCAAUCAGCCUUCUCUGAAUGAGGACAAGGAUAUGAUGCAAUGUAUUGCCUUUGCAACAGCAGAUCAGUAUCAUUUGCCAACACUUUGCCAUGACUUGAUAAGGCACGGCUUCCAUGAGAUAGAUUUACCAAGAGAUGCGUCAAAUGUGCUGGUGAUAAGCACAGACAUGGCUACGAAACCAGAUGACGAUGCUCUUAUGUUCUUCUUCAGGGAAGGCUCAAUAGUUUUCUGGAAUGUUGAGGAGAAGACGAUGAAAAAGGUGUUGAGAAUAUUGGAACAUCAUGAGAUCCAGCCUUAUGAAGUAGCAUUAGUCCACUGGGAAAAUGAAGAGAUUAACUACACUGUUGGAGAAGGAAAUACAAAGCUCGAGCACGGCAACUUUAUUCUGAGUGACAAGAUCGCUCAAGACGAAGCGGUUCUGGAGAAAUUUGCAUUUUCAAAUGCACUCUGUUUGUCAGUGAAGCUGGCGAUAUGGGAGGUGUCGUUAGACAACUUUGUAGAGUCUAUUCAAUCGAUUCCAGAGACGCUUAAGUCUGGCAAAAGAGUUAAAUUGUCCUCUGCAGAGGUUAUGCAGAAAAUAGGAGAGCUUUUCACGUUAAGACACUGUAUAAACCUGCGGUCCGACCUGCUCCUCACACCUGAUUUCUACUGGGACCGAGAAAACCUGGAAAAGCUCUAUGAUAAGACCUGCCAGUUCCUCAGCAUCAACCGCAGGGUCAAUGUUGUGAACGAGAAGCUGGAACAUUGCACACAGUUGACAGACCUGAUGAGGAGCCACCUGAGUGAGAAGCACAGCUUGAGGUUGGAGUGGAUGAUAGUCAUCCUCAUUACUAUAGAGGUUAUGUUUGAACUUGCAAAAAUGAUAUUCUGAACUGCUCCUCCAACAAUGCACAAAUGGAAGCUACAAAGGAGGAAUGCUGGACUAUACAAAGGUACUCUGUCAGUAACAUGUGACGGUGUUUUCUAGGAUCAGCUGAAAUUAUGACGGGGACCUAAACAUUUUUGAAUGUCUUACUGGUCGUGUUGUACAGUAUACUGUGUACAUUUCAUCAACACACAAUAAAUCUUUCUUUUUUUUCACCAUUUCUUUACUGUUUUGCUGGAGAUCGUGGCUUGACGGAUUUACAGGAUUAUAUAUACAUUUACUUUUGACUGCAUCUGUGAAAACAGAUUACAUCAGUGGGACUUCUUUAGCUUUUGGGAUCAGCCGACUGCACAGUAAUGUUUUUUUUUUAGUUUUGUUUGCUGGAUUUUUGUGUUAAAGAAUUUCCCUUUCAUUUUUACAUUAUGUGCACUAUUCUAUGUAUCUUGUUCAGUAUGAAAGAUACUGUUUUUUAAGAGUCUCUCAACAUGUGUCAUUGUUCUUGUGACUGAACACUUGCAGUGGAAAAGAAAAAAAAUGACAUGCAUAUCCAAAUUCAUCGAAUCCCAAACUACAACUGUGACUGUUGUGUUAUAGAGAAUGUAAUAAAGUAAUUAUUUGUUUUAAA